CCCGGGCCGUUGGCUGGGCGGUCCCCUCGGCGGAAGGGACGUCAUGGCGGAAGCGCACCAUGCUGCGCAUGCGUCGGUGCCUCUAAGGGCUCCGAGCCGGCACAACUCCACUCCACAGAUUGCUAUCGCCCAGGGACUUGGCCCACGGGCCAAUGGAGGAGAGGUUUGCGGUUGCUAAGGAAACCCGUAGCGGCAAAAUGGCGGCGGCGGGCGGCGGGAGCCCGAGCUGCAGCCCGCCGCUCCAGGACCCGCCGAGGCGGCCGCCGCGGGAUGGCCGCGGCGUCUACGUGUACCCGAACCCCUUCUUCCGCUACGACGGCGAGUGGAGGGGAGGAAGGACGCACGGCCAGGGCAAGCUGCUGUUUAAAGACGGGAGUUACUACGAAGGCGAGUUUGUGGACGGGGAGAUCACAGGGGAAGGCUGCCGGCUCUGGGCCUCAUCAGGGGACACCUACUCUGGACAGUUUGUCCUGGGAGAGCCUCAAGGAUACGGCCUCAUGAAGUACAAAGCUGGCGGCCAUUACGAAGGGGAGCUCGCCCACGGCCUGAGAGAAGGACACGGGCACCUGGUGGACCAGGACGGACAGGCCUACUGGGGGUCGUUCCAUAACAACAAGCGGCACGGCCAGGGGCACAUGGUCUUCCGGAACGGCGACAAGUACGAAGGCGACUGGGUCCGGGACCAGCGUCAGGGGCACGGGGUGCUGUUCUGUGCUGACGGCUCCACCUACAAGGGACAGUGGCACGGUGACGUCUUCAGCGGCCUGGGCCAGCUGACCCACUGCUCCGGGGCCGUCUACCGUGGGAUGUGGAUCAACGGCCGCCCGGUGGCACAAGCCAAGAAGAUCGUGAUUUUGGGUCCGGAGGUGAUGGACGUGGCUCAGGGCUCUUCCUUCACCGUGAGCGUUCAGCUGCAGCAGGACAGCGGGGAAGUGGCCGAGGGCGAGGACGGCCGGGUUCUGAAGGUCUCAGCCGGCGUCCGGUACGUGCAGCUCCCCGCCUACUCGGAGGUCAGCUUCUUCAAUGUGGACGAGGACCAGCGAGGGACACCCAUCCAGACCCCAUUCGGGUUUGACUGCGUGGCCUAUCCUCUGUGGAGCCCCAAGUCUGGGGGCCAAGAGCCCAGAGCUGCGCUGGAAAGUACCAGAGACCCGCGGCUCCCCACCGGAGACCUGGAGCUGGCGCUGGCAUCAGACACGGCUCGUGGCCAGAGAGCCAUCCCUAGCGGCCUUGCCGUAGCUUAUUCUGUGACUACGUGGGGAUAGUAGCAAGUUCUCUUGAUUGUUAUCUGGAGAGACAGCAAAAAUGCGACCGUCCACGGCAGCCCCACACGUAUGGGGAGCGUGUGUCGGGGCCCUUCCUUCGCAUGAGUGAAGGUCUGUAUUCGCCGAGGCAAGCUGUGAACCGUGCCACUCCCCCUUACCCUGGCCUGGCACAGAGCUUUCUUGCGUGGCUCCUGGAUCCCGCCUCCCUUCCUUCCGCCAGACCUUGACCGAGGACCCCCGAGCCCCACUCAGGCCUGCACCGAGCAGAGGGGCUCCAGCCGAGGGUCACUGCGUCUGCCUACCUAGGUGACAGUGCGCCGGCCUCGGGCUGCAGAGCACCUGCUGGGGCCGCCGUGGGGGCUGGCCACACACAUUGGGAAGUCUCGGGGAGCAGCCACUGGCGACACCCAGCCUGCAGCCAGGACAGUGACGGGCCUCCCAAGUGCAGGGCAGAGACCACAGCCGGGAGGGUUUCAGGCAGAGACUUCGGUCAACACAAUGCCUAAAACAGGCCACGGCCAGAACAUCUCCCAGGUGACGGUCCCUCUCGAAGCUACUUUCUGUGGCCCCAGAGCAGAAACGUUCUCCCGGCACAUAGACUCCAAGGCCGGGGUUUCUCUCUCAGCCCCGGGUCACAGGCGGCAUUGGACGCCCUCCCACGACGGAACGCAUGCCACCGCACAGGCAGACAUGAGCCCGGCUCUCGCUGAAGCCUCAUCCCACGGCGGUGGCCACGCUCUUGCUGGCCAGGAGCAGCCCCCCUUCCAGGUCCACACUCCGGGCUCACGUGGGCACCCGCUUCUGACAGCAGUGGGGGAUUCAAUUCCACCAGUGUCACUUCUCACAUGGAAGCUCCGUGGCGGGGCGACGGCCCCUGGGAUCACCAGGGAUCCCUGUUCCCAUUUCCUCUUCUUCUCUGUCAUCCUUCCUGCACCUCGUGGUCCCAGGGGGCUGCACAGGCACCAGCCAUCACACCCCUAUUCCAGACCCCGGGAACUAGAAGCAGAAGGAGCACAGGCCUGCCCUUCUAACAAACGCCCCUUUGAAGACACCCACCAUCACUUACCGCUCAUUGGCCAAAACUUGGUUACAUGACCACACCAGGCCACAAGGAGACCAGAUUGUCACACGGAGUCAGGUCUGAAAGCCACAGGAGCAGACCCGCCAUUGGCUUACAUCUGAGAGCAAGGCCCUGGGCCUCCCACCACCUCCGGGGUUGGACGAGGCGAGUGACGCCCCCUUCAUCUGCAUGUAGGAAGCCCGCUGUGCCCCUCAAGCACGUCCCCCGUCCCACAACCAGGCUGUAAGGCAGUGAUCAGUGGAUUUGGUAAAACCAGGCCUGGAGGUGAAGAAGUUGAGCCUGUUAGACCAGCGGGAGGUGUGGGAGACAGGGUCCCCCAGCCUCAGGAGCGGCUAAGGGCACGGGGAGCCACGGCCCCGUGGCGGGCCGGCCAGUGCCAAUAGCCUGUACCCUGCCCUGCUUCUCUGCUCGGGGUUCGCUCACAGUCGAGAAACAGUGCGGGCAGCCCCCUAGCCCUGGACGGGGGUCCCCUUCCCUAACCUAAGGGGUGGGCAAAGGCAGGGCCGGGGUGUGGGUGCUGGCCACCAGGUCUGCCCCCCGAGCAGCUUUCGUGCAGGGCCCGGCAUCGCAGGACCCCUGGCGGGUCUCCCCUGCAGCCUUUGCCCCUGAGGGUGAUGCUGGGUGCGGGCUGGGAGGUCCCCCAAGCCUCCCGGCCCGGCCCCGCCCUCCGUGCUCCGCCAGCCAAACUGGAAGAGUGCACCAGCUCAACGCUCAAAUUUUCGAGGACUUCAGGGUUUCCGUUCUCAGCAGCCAGGAGGGUGGGUGCCCAGGAGGGGGGCAGGGAAGGGGCUGGGGCCGCGCUACAGGGAGGUGCUGCAGCGGGGCCCAAGUGGAGGGGGCGGCGUCUAACACAAGCAAGUGUCUGUGUCUCUACACAUUCUUGAGCUCAUGCGCCAACACCAGGGGGGGCGGGGGACAUGGAGCACAGUCCCCGGCCAGCAGAGAGGCGCAGGGGGACCCCGCCUGCCCUGCCCCAGCCCCAGAUUUCCCCAGCCGUGUUCGCCGGGCCUCUCUGGUCGCUGAGACCGUGGAGCUAGACCUGCCGGUGCGCGGCCGUCGCCCACACCCCGCGGCCCACAGGGACCUGCUUCUGGCCCUUUUCUCACCCACCCAACCCACAAUUAAGAAAGUAAAUACUCUAAAACCUUGGUUUCCAAUUACUUAACUGUAAAAUGAAGAGAGAAAACGCUCCCUCUUUCCAGAGGCCUCGUGUCAGUCGUGCACAGUCGUGAAAGUCCGUGUUUGAUUAUUUUGUUGGUAUGAAAUAUUUCAGUCGCUGAAUUGUUCUAACUUUUGAACAGACGAGUUGCCUUCCGUUGAGAACAACAGGCGAUUUCAUGGGCGUGGAUGAUCGCCAGGUUUUCCAAACCCUAUUUUGGUGAAAUUACAGCGCCCACAUUUCAGUAACAAAGCACGCUGAUGUUAUAUUCAAAAAGAUUUUUAUAUUUAGACACUUAACCUUUUGUAAUUCCCACCCACAACUUUAAACGUAGCACCCUUUUAUGUUAAUUGCCGUCAGUGGGGUGUCUGCUCGCCCCCCCCACUGGCAAUUUAGGCCCAUUGAGUCCUAACGCAGGUGCUGAUAAUUGCUGCGGGACAUUGUCUGGCGGCGGAACCCAGGGGCCCAGACAAUCCGCCAGGGAUUGGAUUUGGGAACCUAAUAAAGCUGUAGCAAGGAGAGAACCUCAGACUGCUUCUCUCUCUCUCUCUCUUCUAAAUGCACAAAACCCGCGCAGGGAAUGUUUCCAACUGAUCUGAGAGGCCCCGUCUUUUCCAUUUGUUGAGCAAACGGUUUCGAGUAUUCAUCAGACGGGAGCUACGAAGACUCACCCGUCAUC